AACAGAUCAUCCCCUCACCAAAACUACUACAAGUAGUAAUCCAAAAACAAAAAGAACAAGAAAAAAAAAAAGAAUCCCAAGUACCAAAAGAAUGACAGGUUCUGGUUCUCCAUGUGGAGCCUGCAAAUUCUUGAGAAGAAAAUGUGUCAGAGGGUGUGUUUUUGCACCUUAUUUCUGCCAUGAACAAGGUGCCACCCAUUUUGCUGCCAUUCACAAGGUUUUUGGGGCCAGCAAUGUCUCUAAGCUUCUGGCCCGUCUUCCACUCACCGAGCGCUGUGAGGCUGCUGUCACAAUUUCUUAUGAGGCUCAAGCUAGGCUUCAAGAUCCUAUCUAUGGCUGUGUUUCCCAUAUCUUCGCCCUCCAACAACAGGUAGUGAAUCUUCAAGCGCAACUCGCUUCUCUCAAAGAGCAAGCGGCGGAAAGCAUUAUGAACGGUGGCUCCGAUAACGGGGGAGGCGGUGUCAAUGAGAAGAGUUACUGCAGAAAGGUUCCUUGCCAUCCACAAGAUCUCCAUAGCUGGUUUCAGUCGGGGCAUUUGAAUAAUGUAACACCCGAGUUCAAUCCGAAUCCGACCCACAACCCAUAUUGCGAUGAGAACUAUCGCAUUAUGGUUAAUUCACAAUCCAAUGGGAAUUAUGAGCAUAAUCACUUGGCCAAGAUGGAGGAAAGUGGGUCUUAUGGAAGCUUUGAAGAAACCUCAGCUAAUUAUUCUAUGUAUUCUCUUGAUCACAUUCAAUCAAAUGCCCAACAAUGGAGUUUCAAUGAGUCUGCAGAUGACUUGCAAUCGGUUGCUUUUGGCAAUACUCGACAUUGGUGAGAAAAUAUUAUGAGUUUGAACUGUUUUGAUAUUCAAA